AUGGCAGAGCUUCACAUCUGUUCUGUUCUGGUGACCGGGGCCAACCGGGGAAUCGGCCUGGGGCUUGUCCGGCAUCUCCUGGGGAUGCCAAAGCCACCCAAGUGGGUGUUUGCUACUUGUCGGGACCCCAAGGGACAGCGAGCGCAGGAGUUACAGAAUUUGGCCUCCAAGUACCCCAACCUGGUCAUCAUCCCGCUCGAAGUCACCGACCCCGCCAGCAUCCAGGCGGCUGCAGCCAGAGUCGGGGAGCACCUGGGGGGCUCAGGGCUGAACCUCCUCAUCAACAACGCUGGCAUCGCCAAGGUGAGCUCCCUUGAUACCGAGACGCCGGAGAACAUGAUCCACGUUUACACCACCAACACGGUUGGGCCCCUGCUGCUGGGCCAGGCGUUCCUGCCCUUGCUGAAGAAGGCAGCCCAGGGGAGCCCAGGCUCAGCAAUGAGCUGCAGCAAGGCAGCCAUCAUCAACAUGUCCAGCUCUGCGGGCUCCAUUGAGGAAAUCUAUUUAUGGAAUCACGGACAAGUUGUCUCGUACCGCUGCAGCAAGGCUGCUCUGAACAUGCUGACCAAGUGCCAGUCCCUGCGGUACCGGGAGCACGGCAUCCUCUGCGCUGCUCUCCACCCCGGCUGGGUGCAAACCAACAUGGGGGGCUCAGGAUCACAAAAGCCCCCUGUGACGGUGGAUGAGAGUGUGGGAGGGAUGCUGAAGGUGCUCUCCUCCCUCUCUGAGAAGGAGACUGGGACCUUCCUGGACUGGGAGGGGAAGGUUGUGCCCUGGUGA